UGUUCUCGUUAGUGGAACCAGCUACAAAACCCAUCGCUCCAACUUUUGAACUCGUCUGGGGAAAGGCUCAGUGCGAAACGCGUUACAAGUUCAAUUUACCAAAGCGAUUCGUCUCAAGAGAAUCAAUGGCGCACAAUCCUUCGCAGCUCCUCCCUUCAGAGUUGAUAGAUCGGUGCAUAGGUUCGAAGAUAUGGGUGAUAAUGAAAGGGGACAAGGAACUCGUUGGAACUCUCAAGGGUUUCGAUGUCUAUGUUAACAUGGUUCUCGAGGACGUCACUGAAUAUGAAAUAACACCUGAAGGACGUAGGAUUACAAAGCUUGAUCAAAUUUUGCUCAAUGGAAAUAACAUAGCAAUUCUUGUUCCUGGUGGUUCUCCAGAUCCAGAAUGAUUGAAGAAUUGGUGAAAUUGACGAGUAGGGGUAAGGUUGGAAAUUCUGUAGUUGUUAUUUUGAAGGAUGGGUGCUUUUUUGAACCCAUCUCGUAUCCUUUAAAUGACAUUCUAAAACCACCUUACAAAACAUUUGUAAUUUCUUAAUGUCGUUUUUGUUUUUUUUUUAUUACUUUGUAAUUUGGUGUUGAUCAGGAUGUUUUAAAAUUGAUGUUUGUAAGUCUAAAUCUUAUGGUUUAUGUCCAAAUGUUUGCUACUAUUUUAUAAUGUAGGGAUGAUCAUUAAAUUGUA